CGCCGUGUCCGCGGUCCCUCCCCGUCCCUGCCGUGCCCCGCCGGGGUGCCGAGCGCCCGCGCUCAGCCCCGCCGCCAGCCCGGCCCGGCGCGGAAGAUGCUGCGGCUCUGCCUGCUCGCCGCGCACGCUCUACGGCUCGCCGGGGCGGCCUUGCUUUCGCCCGGGUCGUGCACCUUCGAGGACAGCGCCUGCGGCUACCAGUGGGACUACGCGCAUCUGCCCUGGACGCUGCACGGCGAAGGACAUUACAUUUCUGUGGAUACGUCUUACGAGGGUGAGAAAGCAGUGCUCUCCAGCCCUGAUCUCUACUCCGAGGAAUGGAGCUGUGUCAGACUGAUCUAUCAGAUAGCAACAACUUUAGACACCUCACCUGAUCCUGCCAGGCUCAACCUGUACCUGAGGCAGGAAGGGGAAAGUUUUGAUCGUUUGCUGUGGUCAGCCAAGGAGCCAUCAGACAGCUGGCUCAUAGCUAGCUUGGAUUUAACAAACAGCACAAAGAAGUAUAAGCUGGUACUGGAAGCCAAAAUGGGACAAGAUAAAUCCACGAGUAUAGCAGUUUUUGAAAUCAAAAUAACUUCUGGAUAUUGUGUUGAAUGUGACUUUGAAGAAAAUCAUCUUUGUGGCUAUGUGAACCGCUGGAAUCCUAACGUCAACUGGUUUGUUGGUGGAGGGAACAUUCGGAAUUCUCAGUCUAUCCUGCCCAAAGACCACACACUUAACAGUGCACUGGGUCACUACAUGUAUGUGGACUCUGUUUAUGUCAAACAUUUUCAGGAAGUGGCUCAGCUAAUCUCACCAAAGACCACAGCCCCAAUAUCUGGCUGCUUAUCUUUUUAUUAUCAACUUAAGCAGGAAAGCAGCAUUGUUUUUACUGUUUACCUAAGAGAUAUGAGUGGCUUUUAUGAAGAGAUCUGGAAAACAGACAGUGCACUGAAUGCAGACUGGGCACUGGCAGAAGUCGACUUCAAUGCACCGUAUCCCAUGGAGGUAAUAUUUGAAGUUGCUUUCAAUAGCGCCAAGGGAGGUUAUGUUGCCCUUGAUGACAUUUCUUUCUCUCCGGUUUACUGCAGCAAUCAGACAGGAGUUCCUUUCAAUCCUGCCAAUGCAGGCUGCAAUUUUGAGGAAGAUCUGUGUAAUUUUUACCAAGAUCACAAAGAUGGCCCAGGAUGGAGCAGAGUGAAAGUGAAGCGCAAUGUGUAUAGAGCAGGAGAUCACACUACUGGAUUCGGCUAUUAUUUGUUGGCAAAUACAAAGUUUACAUCACAGCCUGGGUACAUUGGACGUCUGUAUGGCCCAACCCUGCCAGGAAACUUGCAGUUUUGUCUGCGUUUUUAUUAUGCCUUAUAUGGGUUUUUUAAGAUGAGUGGCACUCUUGCAGUUUAUAUCUUUGAGGAGAAUCAUGUUGUUCAAGAGAAAAUCUGGUCUGUCUUGGACUCUCCAAAGGGAGUUUGGACUCAAGCUGAAAUCUCCUUCAAAAAGCCUAUGCCUUGCAAGGUUGUCUUUGUUAGCUGGUGUAAAAGCUUCUGGGACUGUGGACUUGUGGCACUGGAUGAUGUAUCAUUGAGCCUGGGAAGCUGCCAGGCUGCUGAUUUGUUGCUGCCCACUCCUGGAGAAUGCACUUUUGAAAAAGAUGAGUGUGUGUUUACCCAGAAGAAGAGAGGUCGUGGGAGCUGGCAUAGGAAGAGGGGUCCAACUCCCACUUCUUACACUGGGCCGAAAGGAGACCACACUACUGGGGUAGGAUACUACAUGUAUAUAGAGGCAUCUAACAUGGUCUAUGGACAGAGAGCAUACCUAGUUUCAAGAUCACUAAGAGGAACAUCUGGAAAACAGUGCCUGACAUUUUUCUAUCAUAUGUAUGGAGCUGGGACUGGAUUGUUAAGUGUUUAUCUAAAAAAGGAAGGGGAUGAUGAAGAAAUACCUUUGUGGAGGAGGACAGGGGAACAAAGUAUCUCAUGGCUAAGGGGACUGAUAGAAUAUGAAAGUGAUAGAAACUACCAGAUUAUUUUUGAGGCAAUCCGCGGUGUGUCAAUAAGAAGUGACACUGCUAUUGAUGAUAUUCUGUUCCAGGCAGGACCUUGUUUGGAAGUGGAAGAAAUUCAAUUCUCAUCAGGCUAUCCUGACAGCUUAAACGAAAUUGAGUAUUAAAUACAGUCUGCUGAAAGGAAUGAAGCAUAUUGAAGAAUUGUAUGUGAGAAACUGCACAAACUGCCUAUUUAAAAAUAUUUUUUAAGUAAAUACUGGACUGGUUUGAAUACACACCAAUACAUAGGAAGAACUUGGAGCACUCAUGUUCCUCGCCUUUUCAAUGAAAUUAUUGACUCAGGGCUUCUUAGACCAUAACUUUUUGAUAUUAUUUCCUCUUUUGCAUGAGGCAUCAGUUAUUACAUAAAGGCUUCCCAUUUUACACAGAUCAUUAAUUUUUAAUUUUUUAAACAUUUCUGGUAUAUAAGUAAAAAGAGGAAAUUCAAGUUGCACAAUUGAAGUCCAAUAUUGCCUUAUCUUAAAUCUGCAUUCAGUGAAUGUUUUGUGUUGGGGAUAGAAUGGCCUUUUAUUAAGAAAAUUAUAAAUGUUUUGAAAUAACAAAGAAAAUAGUGUUAACUACUAGUAUUAUCCUACAGGUUAAGUGCAAUUAUUCUCAAUGACAAAUCUCUCUGGGAAACUUAAUACUCUGCUGGCCAUUUUUUGUGAUAGUGUAUUAUUUUACUAUAACAAAUAUAUUUGUCAAUAACAAACUCACUUUUAGUAUUCAGUAUAAUUCAGCAUAAGAUGCUGGCCUGUGGAAUUAUAUGAAAUGAGACACUUUAAAGCCAUAUGUUUUCUGGGAUGAGAGUCUUGUUGGUUUUUUUGGAGUUUUUUUAUUAAACAAGUUUGUACACUCACAGAGAAUGCACUUACACUUUGCCCACAACCGCAAAUGUCUUGCAUUUAUAUUAACAGGAAACUGAAUUCAUGUCUUGUUAUUUUUUUAAGGUUUUAUGUAUUUGUGUGUAAGGUUUUUUUUUUUCCAAAUUUGCUAUAACUUCCUAAUAAAAUGUUAAGUUUGAGUAUCAUCUUAUUGCUCUGCUCUAGAUUUCAUGCUAAUCAGUUCAAGGAGAAAGAACUGAACCUAAUAAAGUAGCCUGAAUUCAUUAUUUUGAACACGAAGAGAAUGAAAUGUGUGGAUCCCAUCACUUAAGAAGGCUAACAAAAAGUAAUCUGAACUGCUGCAGGAAGAUAUGUACUGAGUGGUAGAAAUUAUUCUUACAGCCACCAUAUCCUGGUCCUUUCAGAACUAAGAAUAUGCUUUUCCUAACAGCCUGUAAGGAUCAAUAGCACCUGGGAUGAUCUAGCCCUUCAUCUUUUGUACAUUUUAAUUUUGGUGACAGAAACAAUUGAAGAGAUUGUUCAAUGUACUACAUUCAAUACCCAUGUAUUUAUUUAACUACACAGAUGGAAGUAAUUUUUUGUUUCCUAGAGACUGAGGAAGAGCCAAAAGGAAUUGAUAUAUUAUCUGCCUCUGCUAGGUACCUACAG